AUGGCUAGUGCUCAAUACACGAAUGAGGAUUCCCUCAAGUCUGAUAUAGAUUUACCAGAAACAGAUCUUCAAUUGCCACCAACUCCACCAGAGUCCCAUGAAAACAGUGCAGAUGAGCUGAGCCCUCUAUCAAGUCAAGCUAGUUCAACCUCAUUAUCACAGCAGCGAUAUACUCUCCCGCCUCCAACGAAUCCACCGAUAGAGAUCCUCAAGGAAGAUCUGAAAACGCCGGAUAACCAAGUGCCCCGAGACCCCCGACUUAUCCGAUUGACUGGAAUUCACCCCUUCAACGUCGAGCCCCCGUUGAGUGCUUUAUAUGACGAAGGGUUUCUCACGUCGCCCGAAUUAUUUUACGUCCGGAAUCAUGGAGCUGUGCCUCAUGUGGACGACUUGUCGAUACCUGACUGGGAGUUUUCAAUCGAAGGACUGGUCAAAAAACCAUUUACUCUCACAUUAAAAGACCUCAUUAGAGAUUACGAACAAAUUACCGUACCUAUCACACUUGUUUGUGCCGGCAAUCGUCGUAAAGAACAGAACCAAGUCCGGAAAUCAAAAGGGUUCUCGUGGGGAGCUGCUGGUGUAUCAACGGCAUUAUGGACAGGUGUACCAAUGUACGAAUUGAUGAGGAAGGCUAUCCCAAUGAGGGGAGCAAAGUAUGUAUGCAUGGAAGGCGCUGACAAGCUUCCCAAUGGCUAUUAUGGGACCUCCCUAAAACUAAAUUGGGUUUUAGACCCCAACAGAGGAAUCAUGUUAGCCCACAAGAUGAACGGAGAUAUGCUUCGACCCGAUCAUGGCAAACCUUUGCGAGCAGUUGUCCCUGGUCAAAUUGGCGGUCGCAGUGUGAAAUGGUUGAAAAGGAUCAUUGUCACAGCCGCACCUAGCGACAAUUGGUACCACAUCUACGAUAACCGAGUUCUCCCAACUAUGAUCAGUCCAGAGCAAAGUGCCAACGAACCAAAAUGGUGGACGGAUGAGAGAUAUGCCAUCUAUGACUUAAGCACGAACAGUGCCACCGCAUACCCAGAACACGAAGAGCGACUCUCCUUAGUGAGCGGACGACAAACUUAUCGUGCAAAGGGCUAUGCGUAUGGUGGCGGAGGGCGACGCAUUACAAGAGUCGAGGUAACACUUGAUAAAGGAAAAUCCUGGGCGUUAGCAGAUAUACGUUACCACGAAGACGAUUAUCGCGACCGCAUCUACGAAAAUGAAGCUCUGUUUGGUGGUAAACUAGAUAUGGAGUGGAGAGAAACAUGUUUUACGUGGUGUUUCUGGGAAGUCGACUUAGCAAUCGAAGACCUCGCAAUAUCAGGGGAUAUAAUGGUGCGAGCCAUGGACGAGAGUAUGAAUGUUCAACCUCGGGAUAUGUAUUGGAGUGUUCUUGGCAUGAUGAACAAUCCAUGGUAUCGAGUAACCAUUACCAAAGAAGGCCGUUAUCUACGCUUCGAACAUCCUACACAACCAGCACUUAUGCCAGGAGGAUGGAUGGAGCGAGUCAAGGCCGCGAGAGGAAACCUUGCAAACGGAUUCUGGGGCGAGAAAAUGGGCACGGAAGAUGAGUCUGUUGCUCUGAUUGAAGAAAAGCAAGAGAUCAAAAUGACAAAAGAUGACACGAAUCGCGAAAUCUCAAUCGAGGAAUUACGCCAACAUGAAGACGAAAAGGAUCCUUGGUUUGUCCUCAACGGCGAAGUAUAUAAUGGAACACCAUUUCUGGAAGGCCAUCCAGGAGGCGCAACAAGUAUUACCGGAGCAGCAGGUCAAGACUCCACCGACGAAUUCAUGGCCAUCCAUUCAGAAACGGCCAAAGCAAUGAUGAUCACCUACCACAUCGGUACGCUGUCCCCCGCUGCCCUCGCCUCCCUCCUCAACCCCGAACCACUUUCAUCCGAACCCCAAACUUUACGCCCUAUCUUCCUACAGCCUAAAAGCUGGCAAAAAGCUAUUCUCACCGCUAAAAAAACCAUCUCGAGCGAUACGCGGAUAUUUUCUUUUACACUCGAUCAUGCGGAGCAAAUUAUUGGAUUACCGGUUGGUCAGCAUCUUAUGAUGCGGUUGCGGGAUCCGGUUACGAGGGAAGCGAUUAUACGGUCUUAUACGCCUCUUUCGCUUGGAACUGAUAAAGGGGUUUUGGAGAUUUUGAUCAAAAUCUAUGCGAAAAAUGAACAGGGGCCCGGAGGAAAAAUGACAAUGGCAUUAGAAAGUCUUCCUGUAGGCCAUUCUGUAGAUUUCAAGGGACCAAUUGGGAAAUUUGAAUAUGUAGCAAAGGGGGAAUGUGUAAUUGGGGGAAAGAAGAGGAAAGUAAAGAGAUUCUUGAUGAUUUGUGGGGGAAGUGGUGUUACGCCUAUCUAUUCAGUGUUGCGAGCUGUACUUAAUGAAGAAGAUGGGGGUGAAGGACCAACAUGUGUGGUUUUGAAUGGGAAUAGAAAGGUGGAGGAUAUUCUUUGUAGAGAGGAGCUGGAUGAAUUGGUCAAGGGCAGAGAGCAGAGAUGUAAAUUGGUUCAUGCGUUGAGUCAGCCGACGGAUGAGUGGAUGGGGUUGAGAGGGAGACUGGGAAAAGAUGUCUUGGAGAGGGAAAUUGGAAGAUUUGGUAUGCGGCGGGAUCAGGGACAAGUGUAUGCAGAUGGUGAACAGCUGGUGCUGAUCUGUGGACCGGAUGCUUUGGAAAAGAAUGUUCAUGGCAUCUUGUCGGAAUUGGGUUGGAAGGAUGAUGAUCUGUUGUUCUUUUAG